CGAGAAGCUGCUAACUUGCUAGGUUCUUUUUAGGUUUUCCCAAAUCCAUGCUGGAGAAGCAUGGCACAGAAUGCGCUUUUUGCAGCCGUUUUGCUUCUCGCAUCAGUGACAUCCGUGUCUUCCAAUGAUCUUAUCAAAUGUGCACCCGUUCUCUGCAAAAAACUGGAUAUCAGAAAGUUUGUUGGUACCAAAGAACCUAUAUGGACUUCUAAUACAACCACAAAGGAGCAUAUUUCAUGUGAAGUGGACCAGAUGAAGAGUAUGACGCAAGGAUCCAUUCUUUUCACAAGAAAAUUUGACACUUACCGUGAAUUGCAUCCAAUUACUAAGAACUACGAAGGAAUCUUUCCGAAGGAGCAACAAAACGUUAUGCAACUCCGCAAACCAGGCUACCACUUUGUGGCGAAGGAAACUCUGGUUUAUCUGAGUGAAAAAUAUCGCUGCGCAGUGAUCAAGGUGACACCUGUCCUACGAGGUCACCUAUCUUAUUACGACCUCCGUAUAUGGAAUUCCGCAGUUGGGAAAGGCCCUCACGAAAAAUGUAUUACACGAUUCGUGAAACUGGCUCACAGCGGACAUAUCAUUUAUAAUUCGAAGUGCCAGGGCAUUCUGUAGCAUCAAGGCCAUUUAGUUUAGGAGAGAGAAAGCAUGAAGAACUGAAACAACACGGCCAUUUCAAUAGCUAUUUUAUGUAGUGGCAUCAAGGUGUAGAAC